CCCGACCGUCGAAGGCUCAGCUCCGUGGAGGACUUCUUCCGGUACACGGAGGAGGAAGGACGACGUUUCUUCGACGAGAUGGACCGCGAUCACGACGGCAAGCUAAAGCUGGAUGACCUGAAGGUUGCGAUGCGAAGGAGGAAAAUGCCGGAAUGGUACGCGAAGGCGUUCUACGAGAAAGCCAAGCCGACAUUCUUCGCGCGAUCGCUCAGUUGGGAGGACUUCGAAAGCGCCAUGAACGAGCGUGAGUCGACGAUGCUUCGCGCGUACAACUCUUUGGGCCUGAGCAGGAGCGGCCGGAUGACGCAGGAGGACGUGAAGAAGUCGCUUAAGCGCCUCGGUUUACCCGCCACGGACGAAAACGCCACGGCGAUGUUGAAGCAUCUUGAUCUCGAAGGGGACGGUUUCGUGACUUACGGCCAGUUCAGGAACUUCAUGAUGCUCCUGCCAAAGCGGGUGGCCACGUCAAGUGACCCGAGUGUGCUGUGGUUCGAGUCGUCCACUAUGGUGCAGAUCAACCAGCCGAAGAGCGAGAGGUCUGCGACGGUCAAGCUGGCCAUCCAGGCGGCUCUGGCCGGAGCUCUAGCGUCUGGCACGUCUACGGCGGCGAUGCAUCCUUUGGAUACGCUUAAAACGCGCGUGCAAUCCACCGUCGGUAAGGGCCCGGGCAUGAAGGCGUUCUUAAAGACCAUCCCAGAAAUCGGCGCUAAGGGACUUUACCGGGGUAUCAUUCCUGCGGUAGUCGGCGCGGCUUCCGGCCACGGGUUCAGGACGGCGACAUACGAGGUGGUGUGUAAGCUCCUGGUCCCGCUCACGGCCCUGCCGUUGAUCACAGAAAUUCAAAUUCAGGGGUUCGGAUCCGGGCUCGGCACCCUAGUGGGCACCAGCGUCAGAAUUCCUUGCGAGGUGCUAAAGCAAAGGCUGCAGACGGGGCAGCACGACAACGCUGUCGAAGCUUUCAAGGCUAUUACAAAAAAUGGAACGAAGGGUCUGUUUGCGGGCACAGCUGCGACGCUCUCCCGCGAGAUUCCCUUCUACGUCAUCGGCCUGGUGACGUAUGAGAAGCUCAAGCAGGCUGCUGCGGCAGCAAAGCGAAAGGAACUCACCGCGUGGGAGACAAUUGCGCUCGGCGGCAUGUCUGGCGCCAUCGCCGCAGCCGCCACAACGCCCGCGGAUGUGCUGAAGACGCGCGCCAUGACCGGUCAGACUGCGGCAGGCGAGGCGAUGUGGGUCUCGGUGCAGAAUAUCGUUAAGAAAGAGGGUGCUCCCGCGCUCUUCAAGGGUGUCAUACCCCGCAUGCUGUGGAUUGCACCACUUGGCGCGAUGAACUUUGCGGGUUACGAGUUGGCCAAGCGCGCCAUG